UAUUAUUUUUUUUUUUCUCUCUUCUUUUGUUUUUUAAAAAAACAAUAAAAAUGAGCUACGGCGCCAUCAUUACCGAGUUUCCAAGUUACGAUGAUUCGAAUAAACCUGCACAAAAUUCAAAAAAAUCACCUUACACCGCCUUUGCAGAAUUCCUCGAAGCAAAGCGUUUCAUGUAUUGGGGCCUAUUUUUGACAACUAUCAACAUCGUUGCAUUAACGGUCAUAAUUAUGAUCAAGUUGGAUGAUUUCUUUAUUGAACUCUUAUUUAAAAUUUCAUUAGUGAUAAAUAUAAUAUUUGCAAUUGAUGUAUUAUUAAGAGCAAUAGUAUUUGGUCCAAAAUAUUUCUGCAGAGGAAAAUAUGGUUUACUACAUGGUUUUGACGCGAUUUUGGUCUUAUCAACAUUAGGCGUUUCACUUUUCUUAAAAAUUAAGGAGACAGAAUUGAUUGAAAUAGGGUUAUUAUCAUUACGAUUUUGGCGUUUACUUACAGCACAUGUUAAAGUUAUAGAGUAUAAAUAUCCAGCUUUUCAUAUUAUACUCGUUAUGGAUCGAAGUGGUUCAAUGAAUGGUAAUGAUAUUACUCCAUCAGAAAAGUCUCGUAAUUAUGCCAAAUUACAAAAAUCUCAUGAUAAUCGUCUUGGUGCUGUAUAUGAUGCUGUUUAUUCUUUCAUGGAUACUAGAUUGCAAACACGUUAUAAAUCAUCCUCAAGGACUCCUUUGAUUACUGAUCGUAUUGACCGUGAUACGAUAUCACUUGUUCUUUUUGAUGAUGAAGCAGUUGUAAUCUUUGAGAAUGAAAGAAUUAAUGCUGAUUUACUCUUUAAUAAAAUGCUUCAAUAUGAAAAUAGAGGUGGAACUGAUUUUGGAGUUGCUAUUGAAAAAGUAGAUCAACUUAUUAACAAAUAUUUUGAUGCCACAAAGACAAAUAUUAUUAUAUUCCUUUCAGAUGGAGAAGCAGAUGUUCCUGAAUAUGAUUUGGAUUCAAUUUGUAAACGCAAUGCCAAAAAGAAUUCACCAAUAUAUCUACAUACUGUCCUUUUCGGUCUAGAUUUUGGAAGUGAUUCAUUAGGAAGGAUGGUUGACAUUGCGAAAAAGUAUACACCCCCUGGUCCCGUGACUUGUUCGUUUACAAAGGUUAUGGACGAAGUUGUAUUGACCAACCUAUUUACUAGUAUAGCAUCCAAUUUACGUGAUCAUAAAAAAGAAUAUCGAUGGUGGAUAUCCCAGGUUUUGAAUAAUUAAAUUAUCAAAAAUAUAUAUGUAGUUUAAUUCUUUGGACGUAUAUUUCAUUUUUUUUUUUAAAAAAAAAAAAAAAGCU